UAAUUAUGUCGUCUUUAAACGCAAAUAAAAUUAUACUAUCAAAUAUAUACGUAAUAUUGAUAUUCUAUGAUUUUAUAACGGAAUAACCUUCACCCUAUGUAAAAUUAUAACAUUUUUUUUUUCAAGAUGCUUACAUGCCUUUAUUGUGGUGUCAAUGAAUCAGAUAAGGGUCCUCAUGGAGAUGAUGGUGAAUACUGUUCUGACUUUUGUCGUUCGGAAACUUCGAAAGCUAAAAACAAGGACACAUUAUGUAUUCAAUGUAAAGCAUUUCCACGAGUUAAUCAGUCAUUUUUUUGUGGAAAAAAGUGGUGUCGCAAUUGUAUGAAUUGUAAUAAAAAGUCAAUUAUGAAUUCAGAUACAUUAUGGUGUGGGAAUAUGUGUCGCGACAGUAUUCUUAAUUGGGAGAAUUUGAUCCAACCCCCUAGAAUUAUUAAAUUGGAAGCGUAUAGUAGUCCCUAUAAAUCAGUACUUAAGCAAUGGAAAGAAUCUUGGAAAUCAUAUGAUGGAGAAGAAAUUCCCAAAGUAAAAGCAAUUUGGGAGAUUAUCGUUUCGUGGAAAAUUUUAAGAAGAUAUGAAGCGUACCGGGAUGAGAUAGAACGAACAGGUCACUUCAAAGCAUUGAUCAGAGGUAAUGAACUACGAAGAUUUCACGGCAGCAGCCAGACUUGUCUUAUUGGUAUCGUGGAUGGUAACUUAUGCAACUCACCCUCAUGUUCCACUUGUCAAAUUAUCAAACAUUCAUACAGACUUCCUUCUUCGAGUCAUGGUGCCUUUGGUUGUGGGAUUUAUUUUACUGCAAACUCUUCAAAGGCAAAUUGGCAUAAUCCUGGUUCUAGACAUUUAUAUAACGGCACGUGGUUCCGAACUGUGUUAUUAAAUCGAGUUGCUGUGGGAAGAUGGUGGAAUCAGUUAGAAUUUAAAAGGUUCGUUGCACCACCUCCUGAAUAUCAUAGUAUUAUAGGGAAACCAAGUGAUGAGGGCAAAAUUAAAUUGGAUGAAUUAGUAGUAUAUACGGAGGCUGCAUGUAUACCAUGUUAUUUGAUCGUGUACAAAGAGUUAGGAAAGGAGAUUCCUCGUCUUUAACGUUGUUCAGGGUAUUAAUUAGGAUAAAUUUAAAAAUCAUAUAUAUAUAUUUUUUAAAAUGAGUGAUCAAGAUAAGAUAAUUUACAAUUUAGUUUAAACAUACAGUGUGUGAUCAAUGUUUCACUUUUGCGGUGUCAGAUAAAUUCAAUAAAUAAAUUGAUAUUUAAUCUGUUGCUGGUAAA